UGGCGGCGUCUGUCCAAUGGGAUUUCAAACUAAAAACAAAUUUAACAGCGCCAUGAAUGCAAACAAACGCCGGAGUUCCUUGCGCCGGGUGCCGCCUGCCGAGGAUGAUGCGACCGCCACAGCAUCAGCGGUCAAGCAACAAAUCAAGCGACGCAUCAGUUUCAGUGGCAAGAAGUUCGUGAGGGAGUUUGUCAACACCAAGGAGACCAACAACUGGGACGACUCGUACGAGGUGUCCGAACACAAUGCCGAGGACAGCACGGGGUCCAGGUCCGUGGCAGGAUCCGGAUCUCUGUCGAGAGUUACCCAAGAUGCGGACAAGGAGAACGUUCCCUUGCCUGGUCAUCAUGAGCGCAGCGUCACCGACUCGACCCUGAAUCUGCAGACCAGUGUGGAUGUCACAAUGUUGCCGGGGGAGCCAAGGAACACUGCAUCCCGGAACCCCAGCAACGCCACCUCCAUCUGUCUGUCCUCCGAGGAGCGGAAGGUGCUGCAGACCAGCCUCUACGAUCACCGGGCGAUGGACAAGACCUAUGACCUCAUGUCGCAAUCCCUGAUUACCCGCAUCCAAAGCCAGACCAGCAAUUUCGAGGAUUCCUCGCUACAACUGCAACCCGUCGAAAGGGGAAAAAGUGUGAAUACUCCAGUUGCCAAGGGCAUAAGUGACUCCUUCAUGGACAUCACGCCAUUGGGAUUCGUUGCGCCCGCUCCUAGUCCUCCACCAGCUGUUCCCGCUGCCGUACCCACUGUUCCUGCUCCUAUUCCCGCUCCUGCUGCCGCUCCGGUUAAUCCUCCAGCUCAGCAGAGUUUCAUGGAUCUGGAAGACGACAGCAUGAUGCGGGAAAUGCGCGAGUUCACCAAGGAGAAGAAAACUCCCGUGCAGAAAUCUCUCUUUAUGGAUAUAGAGGAGGCGGCAAAGGAGAACAAGAACAAAACCCAACAUGGACCCGUAGACAUAUCCUUCGACUGCCCUUUAAACGUUUCCGAGGACCGCGAUCGCUCGCCGUCGAACUCCGUUGAGAGCAACAAUAGCACAAUCAACUUCAUCAAGGAUGAGUCCAUGCUCAUACCAUUCGACAUGAUUACGGGGAAAAACAUCAGCAGGAAACUCAAUUUUCGCCAACUGAACGAUGAGCUGGAGGCGGGAAAGAUUCAGCUGUUUCCGAAUGGUCCAAAAACGCCCACAACAGAUCGUAAGACCACGAAGAAUCGUUUUUGGCAAGGUCUGGAGGGAGAUCAUAGUAGCCCACAGAAAGAUAUAAGAAGCAUAAAGCCAAGGGCAACGUUGAAUUUCAGCGAGAAUAUGACCAUGUCGCCGGCGCCAAAGAGUCCCGUUCAAAAGGAAGAGGAUAAAAAAAAGGUGGUCGAUGACAAGCGGAAAUAUCGACUCUCCCAGGCGGAUGAGCUGAUGCUGGACAACACAAAUUUCUUGGCUCAUGCGAAGUUGGGCGAUGAGACUCAGUCGAGAAAUACCUCCAAGAACUCUACGAGAAGGGAGACCACCUAUGAUAAUUCCGAGUUGAAUUUGGAAUACCCCAUUAACAGUCAGAGCUUUCAUCCCAUUCCGAGCUCCAAGCCGCGACAGACUACUUGCAAGGCUGAGGAAAUGCAGCAGGAUCAGUUGGAUUUGCCUUGUAUUCCCAGAGUGAAAGCUGUCCCCCCGCGUCGCACUUUGCAUCUCAAUGAAUCCAUGGAUCAGGGAAACACCAGUUCUAUGCACCUGAGGAAGGAGAUUGCUGUAACCACGCAAGAGACUGUCUAUGAAAAAUCCACAAUUAACCAGGCGAACGCAAGUCGGAAUAGCACUGUUUGGUCCUGUACUAAAACCAAACGCAGGGAGACCCUUUUGUUGCAGGAAAGCAUGGACAUUACUAGUCCUUGCAAGGAUCUACAUUUGGAACCCAUGUCUGCUCCUGUCGUCAGCACGCAAUCCAAAACUAAUCGCACUCUUUCUUUAGCAGAGCCUUUGGAGGAAGAGCAAAUAAACAGAAGCGAAGUAUUUGCUCUAACAAAUGUUGCCCCGAAGGAAAUUAAAUCCAAAGCAAGGCAAACUAUGCUGCUAGAGGAACCCUUGGAUGAGACCAAAAAUAUGAUAAUUCCGCCUGUUUUUAACUCAAGAAGAAAAACGCUCCACUUAGCGGAACCUGUGGAGGAGGAGGAAGUACUUCCUGACAAGCUUUUACCCACCAAACUCCUCUCGAAUCAGGAAACGAAAUCCAAAGCGAGGCAAACUCUACUGUUAGAGGUGCCUAUGGAGGAAGAACCCGCUUUAGAAGAUCUUUUUGCAGCGGAGAACCCAAGGAUUCUUGCACAGUUCAACGAUAAAAAAGAGCCUGCAGUUUGCGAUUCAAAAAGAAAAACUCUUAACUUGUCUGAACCUCUGGAGGAAGAUAAAUCCAUCCCAGAUAAGAACAUCUUGUCGAAUGAAGUGAAACAAUCAAAAGCUAGGCAAACUCUACUGUUAGAAGAACCAAUGGAAGAGGAACCGGUUUUAGAAGAUCCUUUCGGAGCGGAGAACUUAAAGGCUCUUACAAAAUCCAGGCAAACUCUAACUUCAGCAGAACCCAUAGAGGAGGAUAAGUGCGUACCGCAGCUGAAGAAUAAGACAAUUCUUACGCAAAAAGCUGUUGAUAAAUCAACGGCAUCGCAGCGCCAAAAGUCAAGGCACACUAUAUUAAUGUCCGAGCCCAUUGAAGAAACGCUCAUCAUGUCAGAACCCAUGGAAGAGCAAGUAGAACAGCCCCGACCUGAACCCUUUAGCAUAUUCAUGGAUAGUCAGUGUGAAGAUAAGUUGCCAAACAAAAAUGCGGAUUCCAGGACUUCCAAAGCAAAUCGCUCUAUACUCAUGUCAGAUCCAAAAGAUGAAGAUGGGGUUGAGCUCAAACCUGUGGAUAAAACCAAGGAACUCCUAAGCGAAGUGGGAAAUAAAAACGAGACUACUAAUAGGUGCUUGAGAUCGAAAUCGACUCUUCGGAUGUCGGAACCCGUAGAAGAAACUCAUAAGUGUAAAGCUCCCAAAAAUAAUCUGUCUCUUUACAAGUCAAGUUGUACUAAGUUGAUGGAAGAAUCUUUUGAAGAAAUGACAAUUAAAACCGAUAGUCGGCCAUCUAAAUCUCGCCAAACCAUCCUUACGGCAGAACCCAUAGAGGAAGAUGAGGAAAUGUAUAAGUCUGUGGCUAAUAAUAAAGAUCCGUCUAAGUUAAUGCCAAAUUGCACAAUGUUUAUGGAAGAAUCGAUUAUGGAAAAUGUAUAUGAAAAGCCUUUGCCGCCAUCUAAAUCGCGCCAAACUCUCCUUGGGGCAGAACCCAUAGAGGAAGAUGUGGAAAUGCAUUCGAAGACCAAAGAUCACUUGAACACUUAUUCUAACGAGGAACCUAUGCAGCAGGUGACUGCUAAAGCGCGUGACCAAAAGAAGCGUCAGACUAUUAUUAGUGCUGAACCUAUAGAAGAAGAUUUGGAGCUCCCUAGCCUAGUGAAAAGUUUAAUGGAACAGUCAUUGCUAAAAUCAAGAAUUCAUCCCUCUUCGAAAUCAAGACACACCCUUCAUAUAGCGGAGACAAUUGAGGAAGAUACUGAGUCCCUGAAACCCACAAAUCAUCAAAGAGACCAGCAUCACCAGAAGCCAAGAAAUACUCUGAUCACUCAGGAACCCAUUCGGGAGGACUUUGCAGACGGAAUGGAGGAAAUUUCUCUUGGCCCGCAAAUAUCCAAGCUAAGAAAGACGCUUUAUAUGGCAGAACCCAUCGAAGAAGACACUAGUUUUUGUAAUAAGAACAAGGUCAAUAGCAGUCAGUAUAAUUUGGAAGGUAAAAAUAGAAGCCAAACCAGUGCAUACACCACUACCAAAUCGAGACAGACUUUGCUUAUUCCGGAACCCAUUGAGGAGGACGAUAUGUCAUGGGGUAACCAUCGGAAAUCCAGAAAUGCGACCAAGUCAGAAAAUAUAAAGGAAAAUCUAGCCCCACCUUCUCAUGUAAAUUCAAAGGAUUUCGCAGAGGAUGAAUCAAGGAAGGCGAGCAGUACUCUCGCUCUGGCCCAAUCCAUUGAAAUGGAAAAGGAUACAAUUCCUACAGCCCAGUCCUCCAAAAGACAUACUUUGCAUUUAUCAGAACCCAUGGAAGAGGAUGAGGAAGAACCUGCAAAAAAUUACCCCGCAACUGAGGAGCCACUUUCUGUAAAACCAAAAAAAGGGGUGCUGAAUGCGCUCAAGGAAAGGGAAGAGGAAACCCUUCCUUCCACAGCUAAAGCCCUUCAAACCAUGCUAAUCACACCAGUGCAUAAUGCCAAGAUAUUGUCCAGAAUCAGCCAAUUCACCACCUACACGCCGGGAAUGUCUCUGACUGAGUUCGAGGAUCAGGAAGAGAUGAGCAAGAUACCAAUACCCGAAAAAAAGCCGGUUACUUCGCAGAGGAAACCAUCAGAGUUGCAGGCGGGUGUCUCCAGGAUUGGAACUCCAAUCCGCCACGCGCAGCUGAAGAGGCUGCCCUUACAUCUCACACCUAAUCUUCCAGAGUCAAAAAAACGACAUACACAACUGUCGACGGAUAGCAACAUGGAUAUGACGAUGGAGGAGGAGCAGGAAGGUGCUUGGGGGACGACAAACCCAAAUUUGGAGGGAGGCUUAGGUAAUUACCGCAGGACAUUUACGGUAGAUCCAAUGGACGCAUCGGUGCAGGCAGUAAGGGAUUAUCAUCCCGCCAUGGCCGAGUUGAACAAAAAGAGCUCUCUAGAUAUGCUGGAGCUGCCACGAAAGUUGGAGUACAACGCAGAUCCGGAUGACAAACCCAUAACCAUCUCGGAUGUGACAAACUACUUCCAGCAGCAGCGAGAGGAGCAGCGCAGGUCCAGCGAAAGGGAGAGCGGCAGCUCCAACGACAGAACCUUUAAGAGUUAUGCCGCCACGAACUUGAAGUUCAUCAAUCUCACCGGGAACACCACCUUUGCGGGCGUUAAGGAUGCGGAUGGGGAGCAGAAGGAGCCAUCCAUUGAGAUAGACAACGUACGGCUCAGUCUGGUUUCCACGCUGGCCGAGGAAACGGACGAUGAGGGCGUGGAGGAAGAGGAGUGCCAGGAGGAGCACCAACCAACAACUGAACUCUGUGAGGAUCAGCUGAAGCCAGUGGUAAUCGCCGGCAGCAGCCGCUCCUGCAAAAAGUGCAACAAUUGCAACCAAACCUUAAGCGAAACAAAGCUCAGUAACGACUCCUUCGUCCUGCCUCACAAGAAACUUUGGGACUUUUCAAGGCAACAACAGCGGUUGCGCAUCAUAAGGCAGAAACCCACUUUGGAGGAGGUCAACCUGUACUGGGAGCUGGAGGAGCAGACCCGGAUGUCGAAGUACCGCGAAACAGACGAUUCCAUGGAUCAAACCAGAGUAGAGGAGGAGCCAACACCGUGGGACAAGGCGGGGCUUUUGGAUUUGUGCAAGAUACGAAUUGGUCAACCGAAGGCUGUCGAAAAGCCCACGGAAUCCUUCUUUGAGCGCCUCAAAAGCUUACUGGUCGAGCAGCAGCCAAACUGGAUCUUCGACUGUCAACGCAAGAUGUCCCAGCAAAUGAUUUUUUACCACCGCCUGCUGACCACAUUCCGGAUUGUAGUCAACUACAAAAUCGACGACUUGGCGGAGGAGUCGGCCAUAAGUGUGUGCUCCAUUGAGGUGGACAACGAGGUGACCACUCGAAAGGAGCACUGGACAUCGGUCGAGCACUUCUUGAACUUUCAACUGAGUCUCAGGCUGCCCCUGAAUCUUACCGACGCCAUCGAAGGCAGCGAUGAAGGUGCUUUUCUGAAGUUCCUCAAUCAUAUUGAUCAGAAAAUUGUGGAGAUCAAGCAAACGUUUCAUAGUCUUCUGACUGUUCUUACAGAGAAGAGGGCGAGGCUCCUGAGAGAAGCGAAUCGCACUGUUGUGAGGAAGAUCGUGCGAAAAUGCAUAGAGGACGAGCCGCUUGUGCGUCUGGAGAAGACCAGUUUCGUGAUUGAGCUUUCAAACAUCGAGGACGUGUCCUUCAUGGAUAUCCUGCGCCCCGAACUGCAUCUCUUCAACGAAAACAUUCAGUAUCUGCCGAAGGGAGUUGCUUUCCUGGAGACAUUUCUUACAGACCCCGAGCAGUACCUUAAAAAAUAAAUAUGUAGUAUCUAUAUUUAGAGCACCUUUUUGUACUACUUGUAUAAAUUAAAAAUAAACACGUUCUUUUUACCAGA